AUGUUUCGAUCUAUGAAGCGUCUACUUUGCUUUACUUCACCUCAGCACCUCGAUGAGACAGAAUCGACCGUCCAGUCCACACAUGAUGCUCCUCGUCGGACUUCAAGUCGAAAUUCCACUGCCCGGGCCAGCUGCCCUCAACCUCGAGCGCGAGAACGAGUCCCAACAAGGGUGAUAACACUGCCAGUCUCCUCCAUGUACAGCACCACCAGCACUCAUACCUAUUUCGUAUCUGAUGCAGAGAGUCUGGUCACUGCCACAACAUCUCCAACCAGUCAAUAUCCUUCCUUGUCAUCCGAGGUUCUUCUCAAGCUCGCCACCGACGACGCCUCUUGGGAUUACGGCACACCGUAUGUUCCGAUUCUGCAGCCGGAUGGCACACUGAGACCGCCGCAAAUCUCAUUCGGUGGAUAUGGCUCAUUUGGGGGCCAGUUCGUUCCAGAAUCGAUCAUGGGCUUCCUCCACGAGCUGACCUCGGUCUUCGAAGCCGCCGUCUCAGACCCAUCUUUCUGGGCUGAAUACGCCACCUUCCAACGCUCCCAGCACACCCCAUUGACCCGGGCUAGCAAGCUCUCCGACUCAGCCACGGGGGCAACCAUAUGGCUGAAAAGGGAGGACUUGAAUGAUUACGGCAGCCACAAGACUCGCAAUAUCAUCGGCCAGCUGUUGCUUGCUCGCCGCAUGGGUCGUACAGAGGUUGUCACUGAUUGCGCAGCGGCCAAGCAUGGAAAUUUCACGGCGGCAAUGUGCGCGCGUCUUGGGUUGCGGUGUGUUGUCGUCAUGGGUGCGGACGAUGCACGAGCGCAGGAAGAAGACGUCCUCGAAAUGAAGAUGCUCGGGGCCAAGAUCGUGACCGCUAGAACCCCUUCCGGUAUGGGGUCACUGCGUGCUGCAAUCACAGAAGCACUCCGCUAUUCAGUCUGCAGAUAUGAAUCUGUGUACUACCUGAUGGGAGGACCUGUGGGCCCCAGCCCAUUGCCAACCGUGACCCGCACUUUCCAGGCUCUCCUAGGCGAGGAGGUCGCAGCCCAGAUGCACAGGGAGGUCGGUUGUCAGCCAGAUGCUGUCGUCACCGCCGUUGGUAGUGGAUGCGGUGCGGUGGGCCUAUUCAGGCCCUUUCUUCACAGCCCGGCUGUUAUACUAAUUGGUGUGGAAGGCGUACAUGCCGCUGCCUUGACGGAGGGUUCACUAGGCGUUCUCCAGGGCUCGCGCACGCUGAUGCUUCAGAACGAUGACGGUCAGAUCAUUGACUCGUACUCCAUCUCGCCAGAUAUGAAUCUUUCCACGGUUGGACCCGAGGUGGCGCAUUGGAAGAGCAGGGGCCGCAUUGAAAUCCGGACUGCCACGGACGCGGAUGCCCUGGAUGGGUUCAAAAGUCUCUUGAACCACGAGGGGAUUGUGUCUGGUUUGGACUCGAGUCACGCGGUGAGCGCAGCGUUGAGUUUAGCGAGAGAUCUGGGUCCUGGUAAGAAUAUUGUUUUGAUGGUGACGGGAGGAGAUAACAUUGGCAUGCAUGAUGGGAGGAGGUUGGAUGUUUGA